AUGUCGCCCGCUGUCGACAGCGACUCUCCAGGUCCUUUCAUAGCGGGGGUCGAGGACGCUCUGACGGCCAACAGCUCCGCCGACUUCAAGGACUCCCCAGACGACUCCCUCGCCGCCGCACCCAACAUAUUCGACUACGCCGCCGGCAGUCCCGACACCCUCCAGCAGUUCGAUGCCACCCGAAAGACGGCCGAGCACUCCUUCAUGACCGACUCCCACCUCGGUUUCUCCACGCCCCCCAACGAGCCCUACCACGAGUACUCCGACGACUCGGCAGAGUCCUCCAAGCUGUCGUCCAGGCAGGACGACGCCGCCACCUCGGACACGCACGGCCACCCCUCCGAUGCAGCCAUGGAGUUCGACGACUUCUUCCGCAAGGAUGCCCCCUUCAUGUCCAGCAACGACCCGGACGGGUCGAGUGCCUUCGAUCUCGACGAGUCCCAGUUCAUAGAUCCCCAGGCCAUGACCCUCGACGCCGACAUGGCUCUCAGCUCCCUCUCCCCCUCCACCCUGCAGUCCCAUGAUCGCCAGUCCCUCGUCUCCCCCGGAGAAGACUUUUCCCAGACGCAUAAUCGUCAAGAUUCGCAAUGCUCGAUCGACUCGACAAACGGCUGGCGAGGAGCAUCACGCGAGGUCUCGCCCAUGUCCAGCCUGGUGACCAGCCACAAGACUACGCCCAACGCCUUCCACACACCCUCACCCCCUGCGGGCAGCACCAACCUGUUCACGAACGGACAUGCGGUGCGUCCGGACAGGCUGGACAUGCAGGCACCCGUCGUCCAGAAGACGAUGGUGCCUCAGCAGCCCCAGUUCAACAUGCCCGUCACCGCCAACGCCGGCUAUCCUAGACAGCUGCACUUCCCCCCGCAACAGCAGCACCGGCACCGGCAGCAGCAGCAGCAGCAGCAGCAGCAGCGUGGAGUCCCGAGGCCGCCGUCCGGCUUCGGCGCCAUGCCGCACUACGAGCUGCUCAUACCAGACUCUCCCGUCAAAUCUCGCGUGGAGACGCAGAUCUCCCUCCGGCUCAUCCUCACCCCGCCCCCGCCCGGCAUCACCAAGCUCCACCUCCCCACCCAGGCCAUAUCGAAGCCCAAGCUUCAGGUGAGGCCUGCGCCCCAGCGCUCCCCCAACAUGCUGGAGCUCUCCGUCUCGGUCGUCUGCACCAGUGCCAUGCAGCAGCCCGAGCUCCGGGACAGGGCUCUGCAGAGGGCCAUGAACAACCCGCCGCGCCACCUCCCGCCCCCAAACGACGACGGCGAGUUCUCCCCCCAGAACGGCGCCGAGGUCCGCAUCUGCUCCGGCUGCAUGACCCGGGAGCGUAAGCGCGCGGCCCGGAAGCGCGUCAAGAACCAGGACGACGAGAACAUGUGGCUCAAGGACGAGGACCACCGCGUCAUCGUCUUCAACACCCACGAGGUCAAGGAGUGGGACUCCUGCGGCGAGCUCGACUCGCAUCCCGGCGCCCUCAAGGUCGACCUGCCCCUCCGCAUCGCCUGCUACUGCCGCCACCACGGGGAGAAGCUGGGCUUCAACGUCAUCUUCACCCUCAAGGACUACCAGAACCGCCCCGUCGCCCAGAUCAUGUCGCGGCCCAUCAUGAUCACCGACGACCACAAGACGCACCCCAUCGCCUCCCUGCCGACACACGCCGACGCAUCCGUGGCCGUCAGCGGCAGCAACCUCGCGACGCCGCCGGCCGCCAGGAUGUCUCAGGCGCCGACGCCUCAGCCUCAGCAGGGCCACGACGUCGGCGGCAGCAACGGCUCCUCGCCGAGGAGGGGCCCCACGCCGACGCGCGCCUCCCCCCCGGCGACCAACGGACAGGUCCGCCCGGCGCGCACGAUAUCUCGCCCUACGUCUCCCGCUCAGGGAGCUCCCUCGGCCAAGAAGCGCAAGUCGUGCUCCUCGAACCCGUCGCGUGUUCCCAACUCGCUGGCCAUGACGAGGAUGGACAACGCAUCCCCCCAGGCGCAGGCUCCGAACGCGCAGCCACCCUUCCACCACGGCAACGCCGGGAAGCAGCAGCAGCAUCAGCAGCAGCAGCAGCAGCAGCCAGACAACAUAUUCUCGCCCCCGGCAAACCCGGCGCACUUCACGGGCAGCUCACCCGUGGCGGUCGGCAACGAGCCGCAGCAGCCGACCAGCAACUUCUUCAGGAACGGUCGCUCCUCCAGCAUAGACAACAUGUCGGCCAUGGCACAGCUCUACUCGGGCCCGCAGUCGGCCCAGGUCAGCCGCGCCCCGAGCCCCAACAGCAACCCCCACGCCAUGCAGUACGCCGUGCCCCAGAGCAGCCUCUCGCACGCCGUGGCCGGCGGCGUCCUCAACAUGUCGACGGGGGCGGGCCAGCCGGGAUCGGCGCCGCCCGUCAUCCACAAGAUCAUACCGUCCGAGGGGCCCAAGGUGGGAGGCGUCGAGGUCACGCUCCUCGGCCGGGACUUCUGGAACGGCAUGGUGGUCUACUUCGGCGCCCAGCAGGCGCAGACGACUACCUUCUGGAGCAGCUGCACCGUCGUCUGCCUGGUGCCGCCGUCGCCGGCGGCGGGCAUCGUGACGGUGACGUGCGACCGCCCGCCCUCGGCCGCCCAGGCGCUCGACUGGCCGACGGCGCCCGUCUUCUUCCGAUACGUCGACGACUCCGAGAACCAGAUCAUGCGUCUGGCGCUGUCGUGCAUCGGCGGCAAGAUGUUCGGCACCAAAGACGUCGACAUCGCCCACGUGGCCCGCCAGCUGGUCGGGGACGCGAUAUCGCCUUCGAUGGGAGGCGGGCAGUCAGGCGACGGGCCGUCGGCCGGCGGCGGUGCCAUGUUCAGCCGCAUGGCGGCCGCGUCCGGCGAGGACCUGGAGACGCUGCUGCUCAAGUGCCUCGACUUCAUCGACCUGAACGAGAGCCCGUACGUGGCCGACCUGGACCGCAGGAACGCGUCGGGCCACACCAUGCUCCACCUGGCGAGCUCGCUGGGCUUCCGGCGGCUCGUGGCGGCCCUGCUCGCCCGCGGGGCCAACCCGGACGAGAUGGACAAUGGCGACUGCACGCCGCUGCACCUGGCGGCCAUCCACAACCAGCCCGAGAUCGCCAGGCGGCUCACCCUGGCCGGCGCCAGCCCGCGCAGGGUCAACCUGUCGGACCUGACGCCCCUGGACCUGGCCGAGUCGGGCGACGUCGCGAGGGCGAUCCGCCAGUCGGCGCCUCGCCGCGCGCGGUCGCACAGCCGGGACAUGUCGCAGCACAGCAGGGCGAGCAGCGUGUCGUCGUUCCGGUCGCUGCAGCUGCCGCCGCUCAGCCGCAUCAGCACGGCGGAGGAGGUGGCCGUCGUCGACGACGGCGGCGAGAGCCCCGAGUACACGUCCGGCGACUUCGAGGACGAGGAUCCCGACGAGGACGUGUACCCCGACCUGCGCCGACCCAGGCAGGCGGACUCCCGUCAGCAGGAGGCCGACGCCGACGCCGCCCCCAACACGGGCGCCCUGGCCGCGGCCUUCAAGGAGCAGCUCCAGCAGCAGCUCAACCAGUUCCAGCAGUCGAUGGCGCUGCACCUGCAGAACCUCCCGCACCUCCCCCAGAUGCCGCAGAUGCCGCAGAUACCCGUGAUCCCGGGCUACCAGGCGUACCUCCAGCAGGCGCCCUUUAUGCGCCGCAUGACGCAGUACAUGCCGGGCAUGACGUCGAACACGAACAGCAGCAGCAGCCCCGGCUCACGAGGCAGCGACCGCGGCCACCCCGGUGGCGCCGACGACGACGCGACGGCCAAGAUGGACAGCAGAUGGUGGGACCUCUCGUCCUUGAUGAACCAGGCUCCCGCCCUGCCGCCGGCCUACGAGGAGAUCUUCCCACGUGGCGACGGCGGCGACGCGAACACCAAGCAGGCGUCUGCCGCCGCCGCCGCCGCCGAGGCAGAGGCCGACGCCAAGUGCGCCCAGCUGUACGAUCAGCAUCACCAGCAGCAGCAUCGACGGCGGCCGCAGCAGCAGUACGAGGCUGGCCCUUCAAGAAGCAGGGCAGGUGCUGGCGGAGAGAGAACGAGCAGUGCCGACGCCAUCCCUAGCAUCCUCAAGAUCGGUCGCAAGAAUGCCAUUACUAGGGAACAGCAGGAGCAGUUCCUCAGGGCGAGGGAGGCCAGGCUCAAGAGGUUGAGUAAUGACCGGAAUCUGUUCUUUAUCUGGAUUCCCCUACUCGUCCUCAUGGUGUGCGCCAUGCUAUACAGCUACUUCCCUUCAUUCUUCCCUCUGAUAUGGGCGUUUAUCCGAUCCUUUGGACGGUUGGCCUCGCACAAGAUCUCCACGCUCUUCCGAGAACAUGGUCAGGUUGACCGUCAAGCCAGGACUGAAGUAUAA